AUGCGACCAGCAAAGACGCCUUCAUCCAGCUUCUACAGCAGCGCAGCCGCUAACUCGCGGGUCAAGGUGCAUAAUGUUGCACAAAGAAGCGGCCUCGAACGCGUUGAUGGUCUUCUUCCGCCAUCGUUGCGUGGUUGCGAACCUGGGGUGCUGAAAUCGCAGUCUGUUCGUGGAGGAGAGGAGAGGGGUGCAACGUGGGUCUUGCCUUUCAUCCAGAGCGUCAAGAGCCCAUUCCGCCGAUAUGGCCACAUCCGGAAUAGGCCUGCAGCAGUCAGACGUUCAGAUCCAAGCUGGAGGACAGAGGGCCUGCUUUUGGCCUCAGAAGUCUGCCUCCAAGGUCAGCAAAGCAAGUUCUUCCCAUGUACUUCGUCUCGCCAGUCCAAUUGCGUGUGGUACGGGUACCGAGAUUCUGUGUAG